AUGACAGUGCGCGGCAGAACCAAUGCGGUUGUGGUUCUGGAACCACUCGCAGCAGACGACUCGGAGACCUGCGUGCGUGUCCUGGCUGAGACUCUCCCGGCGCAAGCAUUGGCCCAGGUCCAAUUUGUUCGAGUGGACAACCCCUCGCAGAAGUUCUGGGAGCAGCUCCGCGUGAUCUGCCCCAACUUGCAGGUCCUUGCUUUAGAUCCGGUUCAUCUGGCGAUGACGUACGAAUUCGCCUCGAGUCGGAAGAGAACCCCUGGAUCAAGCAUGCUGCGAAGAAUUCUUCAAAAAUUCACAGCAGUGGAGAGCGCGCACACAGCCGAGCAAUGGGGCCGCGUCUUCACAGGAAGCGACGGCAGAGUUUUGUCUCGCGAGGAAGAGAUGUUGCGCAAUCACAUCGAAAACCGGUCCAUGCGUCUGCGCGACGCUGAGCACAUUCUGGCACAAAUUAAUUCGGAAAUCCCAUUUUUUGUGCGGGUGGAUUUCAUUCGCGCUAUUGCAGCAUUAUGCGCAGUGUACAGUCACGAAGUUAUUCGUGUUGCGCCGGGCCCGAACAGGCAGGUGUACAAGCUGCUGCAUUCGGCCACAGCUGUCAAUCGUGCGGAGUGGUAUUUCAACAACACUCGUCUGCAGCACAUGCUGGAAGCACGCAGGCUCCCGCUACUCCCGACAGGCACCACAUCUAAUGAGAGUCUGCGCAGGGAGAUUAAUGUAUGGUUCCGUGAGACUUUCAAGUUGCAUCAAACCAGUUUGCGCUUGAAACUCCAAGUUCUCAAGCUUGCCAAGAACUUGUCUCACAACAGUGCUCUGUACAGGCCGACGACACGGCAAAUGAAGCACGCGGAACUUCUUGCUCGUGCGAGCGCACGCCCACUCUGGUCGUAUGUUGAGUGGCAGAACUGGUGCAGGGAAUUAGCCCACGACAAAAUGCCAGACAAGGCCGAUCUGCCAUUGUAUAGAGAAAGAAAGCGGCAGCAAGCUGUUGUCAAAAAGGCAGCCUGCAAGAAGCCAGCCGCUUCGCCACAGACGCGCAAGAAGGUGCACCGCACACCGCACACCUUGAAGCGCAAGGACACGCUUCGGCGCGCAGGUGCGCGUGGGCACAUGCGUCCCUAA